AUGUCUUCUAAUUUUCGCAUUUUUGCGUACUCCGUUGGGGCCUCUUUUAUCUUCUACCACUGUCAUUCCUUACUUGGAACCGUUGUUUAUGUAUGAUCGCUUAAACUUUGAGGUGACCGUGAAAUAGUGUGAAGGCAUUAGCAUGGAGCCAACCAUCCAAAAUGGGGACUAUCUACUUGUUGAGCGAGUUUCCCUAUAUCGAAGAAAAAUCAGAACGUAUGUCUCCCGUAUUUGAAUCAGUUUUGCAGGGGUGACAUCGUCGUUGCUAAACAACCUCGUAGCCCUCAAAAUUUCUGCCACAUUCUCAAACGAGUAAGAGCUCUACAAGGAGAUGUUGUGGAAUACUUCAACCCGCGUCUUUCGAAAUCGGUCAGGGAAUUUGUAAGUCUCCAUUUUAGUCGGGUUUGUGCCCUCCAAUUGUCUAUGCCUAGUUUCACAAUGGUCCUGGGCACUUUGACCUCGAUGUUUGGCGAUUUAACGUAACCAUAUGUGCAGGUGGUAUGCUACUAUUUCAUUUGGCGGCUUGAUUUGAAGAAUGUGAACCUCUAGUCCAUUUCACAAUUAACUCUGAAUGUGUUCUCCGUCAGUAACCGCUGAUUUAGGGCUCGUUAACAAAUUUGCGCCCCACGUCUAAAACUGGCCUGUCGUUGAAUUUCAGCUCUUGCGAACUCCAUGCCACCUCCAUGAAAUUACGUGUAACUGAUAGGGUUGCAAACACGAGCUGGUACCCUGGUUUGCCGAAACCGCCCUGCAUGCUUUUUAACGAUUCCCAAGUCUCCCAUGUAUUCUUACGUAUCCUCAGUUCACAUCUGCACCUCGGCCUUCGUUUUUUUUCCCAUAACCUAGUGCGGGAAGCUACAGUAAAAGCUCGAGAGUACUCACGCUGUCGUACCAUUAUCUACUAGAGUGGUUUGGACUCAUUUUAGGAGGUAGUGAACCAUACCUUUCUGACUAUCCGAAAUUCUGAACAGUCUUCUAUUUCGUUUUUAAGUGGACAUCGGGAUUUUUUUAAGCUUGCUUGUCCAAGCCGCUCCAGGGACGACCGCUUUGAUAUUAUUUAUGCCGACUAUCUCGUUUGUGGCGUUGACUGCAUCAUGGCAUAUCCCAUUAGUUCAUCCACCCUUCAGCCCCGUAGUAGACGUUUUUAGCGCUGAGGAAGCCAAAAGACCUGUCGAUACAUUCGAAUUGGUAGUAGUUAAAAUGUUAGCAUUUCGUUGCUUCCGAAGGGACGUUUAGUUGUCGAUUCUCACGAUUGAUGCACACACAAGAUUUUAUCUUCGUAGUCGACAUUCGGCAACCGAGAAGUCAUAAACUCGUUUGGUAUGCGCUGCUGCAGCAAUUGAGAUAUUAACCACUGUGCCACGUCUGGCCAUCUUGAACUACCGGUAUUUAUGAAGGAUCGGCCACGUGAAUUGUCAUGACCAUGUAGGCAGUUUAGUAGUGCACCCAAACUUGCAGUUUAAAUCGCUCAUUGGCUGAACCUAUACUGGUUAGGACGCGUUUUCUUGCGCCAAAGGGCCGUUUGAAGCCAAUGGAUUAGAAACAGAUUCUGGAAACCAGACCACAAAGCAAUUAACUCACGAAAAGCGCCACCGCAUUACUGAAUGAGAUCGGACAAAGCCCAAACUCUCUGUGUGCUAUCUAGCCGUCCAUUUGCCGGUUCAGCCUUUUUGCGUGACACUGCCCUAGUAAGCAUUCGGAUCGCGUUUAUGCCCUAUCGUUACCUAAGUGUCAGCUGGGAGCGACCAGCGGACUCCGAGGCGCGCAACCGACAAUGAAGACUUGGUAAGUUAACGAAUACUGAGGGACUCCAUUUCGACGAACGUGUUUUUGAUUAUUCAUCACCAGGCCGGUAGAGUAAUAUAGGCAAGUUUUGAUAGUCAGCGAAAAUUCGAAACAGUCAAUAUACAGUAAUCAUGGUGACGGGUUGUGGGCGUUAAGACGGGCCGUCCUCAGCCCUCUCGCUCGUGAAAAUUGUCCACAGCCUGUUUCCAACUUUUGCUGCUCCACCAUACCUUACUCAUGUUAUUAUUACCGUACAGACCUGGUGACAAAUAAUCGGUGACGUGCUUUCGUGGGACUUGGCUUCCUCAAUGUUUCCAUGAGUAUCACUGCAGAACUAGAAAGAUAUUCUGGACGUUCCUAUUCGGAGCGCCAAAUAGAUACCAGUUUUGAAGGGCCAGCGCUGCAAUGUAAACCAUCACGUGCAUUGUUCCGCGAUUCUGUGAAUGCUAUGCCGACUUUGGUAGUAUCGUAUCCCUCCUGGGGGCUGGCAGACAGUCAUGUGCACUAUUCAACUGCUGUCCUCUGGACAGCCUAAGGAUUUUACGAACGUAGUCGGAAAAGUUGCACGGAUGGAAGACUUGAACCAUACAAACAGGGGACGCGUACGUUAACUGGUCUCACACUAGCACCGGACUGAGUGGAAAUCGGAUUCUCAACGCGUGACUAGGUACCACAGCACGAGAUCGGUAUCCCACUGGAAUGUCCGAACCCGAACCUUCAUGGUCGACAGUUCUUCGGCGCUGGUCGAGAUAAAAACUAGCCUCGGCCCUAUGAAGUGUUUCGUUGCAGAACCUAAAUUCUAUCAGGAUUGAAGUGUUACCCAUCGCUACUUCUCCCACUCAAUUGAGUGACCGCGGGAGGGACCCAAUCAUCAGAAAAAAGACGAAUCGUCCGUAGUCCGAACUUGUCAUGCGGACUAGGUGCCUGCUCCAACGGCCAAGCUCCCUCCUCCGAGGCCUAACUCUACAAAAUUGUUUAGUUUGACCACAGGCCGGAACAUGACUAGUCGGUGUUAAUCGUAGUCCACCUCUUGCAUGUCACCGUCUUUCUUACUUUCCUGAUUCUGCUACUUGACUGAUUUAUUGGGCUGUUCGCACCAUUGCCGCCCUCUUAUUCAUCUGCUCAGGCGUUCGCUCAACUAGACCCAAUAUUCUGACCCACCGUUACUGUCCAAAUUCUUCGUCAUAACACUUAAGAUUCCCGAGGAGCACAUUUGGCUGGAGGGUGAUAACCAGAAUCAUUCAUUGGACUCGCGCGUUUACGGACCCGUGCCCUUUUCACGCCUCGAAUACAAGGUUUUGUGCCGCCUAUGGCCCCCCAGCUCCUUCGGGAAAGUUUGCGGACCGGAAGGGAUCGCGCCACUCAAGUCAACGCCGGAUAAUUGA